AAAAUAAAAUCAAGAACAGUGACCUAACAAAAACACAAAUGAAUUUACAUGCUAAAACAUUGGCUCAUGACAACUUAUCCAAGAAAUGCAACCUGAUGCAGCAACAAAAAGUGGAGCAGAUGUCGCUACUAAGAGUGUCCCAGGGACAUUCGAUAGCCCUGGCUAAAGACGUGGCUGCCCUGAGACAAGAGAACGUACAACAGUACAAGAACUACCAGGAUCUGAUGGCCGACAGAGCUCGGCUGCGCGCCAAUUUGUUUCUCGUGAAGACUCAUUAUUACGAGGCCGAGGACAAAUGCCAGGUUCUGCGCAACGAGAAGGAGAUGCAGAAGUUUUACGCUGACCAGCUAGAAAUGCAAGCAGCCGAAAUGCAGAGAAAACUGCAGUCUGUGGUGCAGACGAACAUACAGCUGUACUGUGAGAACACCACACAGGAGGAAGUUGCUGUUUUGCAGAACAACCAGUACAAAAUCAAAGAGAAAGAGAUCCAAGGUUUGGAGUUUGCAAGUCAAGAACAAAAUGAAGUCAUUGCGAAACUGGAAAACGCCGGCAAGGAGAAACAACAUACCAUUGAACAAUUGUCAGCGGAGGUGAUAACACUGGGAGCCCAAGUCAAGACCAAUAAGACACAGAUCCAGACCCUGACAAAUGAGGAACGCACUUUAAGAUAUAACCUGGUUCAGAUGGUGGAGAAGGAGAAAGCUUACAUAACUUCGCUGAAUUUGCUCCGUAGACAGAGAGAUCUGUUUGGGACCCAACUGCUGAAAUCCCAAGUGGAGCUGAGUCUAGAGAAAAAACGGAGCAGAGUGUCAGAGACCGCGAUGGAGAAUGCUUCUAGCUGA